ACGGAGAGAGGGACAAAGGUGUUUUAUUUUUCAGUGCAGAAAGGGGCAGUAGCAACUAAGAAAGAAAGGAAAUAAGAAAGCUGCGGCAGCUUCUCUGUAUUUAGAUCUCUGUUUUAACUCAGCUCACACCCUCCUUUUCCUUCAUAUCUCCCAAAAACCCUGAGCUUCCACUUCUUCUCUCCCCCCUCUUCAUUAUAUUUCUUAAAGAACAAAGAAGAAGAAGGAGAAGAAGAGGAAUCCUUAUGGUUCUUUAUUAAUCGUUCGAGUCAACUCCGCUCUCACCCACCCCGAGUUAUGGGCUGCUGCGAGUCUUCCUUUCUUAGAGGACACGACUCAGACCACAAAAUCAAUCACAACGGCAACAACAACAACAACAACAGCAGCAGCCGUCUACCUCAGGCAAGUAACGGUCCUGCUCAACCCUCCUACGGAACAGAUUCACUUGGCGCUGCCGCCGGUGGCGUCCCUUAUUUCUCGGAGUUCUCUCUAGCUGAGCUUAAGGCUGCCACCAACAACUUUAGCUCCGAUUUCAUCGUUUCCGAAAGUGGCGAAAAGGCUCCCAAUGUGGUCUACAAAGGCCGCCUCCAAAACGAUACUAAUCGCCGUUGGAUCGCCAUAAAAAAGUUCGCCAAAUUAGCCUGGCCCAAUCCCAAACAAUUCGCCGAUGAAGCUUGGGGUGUUGGAAAGCUGAGACAUAAGAGAUUGGCGAAUUUGAUUGGCUAUUGCUGUGACGGUGACGAGAGAUUGCUUGUUGCUGAAUACAUGCCAAAUGAUACCCUCGCAAAGCAUUUAUUUCACUGGGAGAACCAGACUAUCGAGUGGGCCAUGCGGUUGCGAGUUGCUUUAUUUAUAGCUGAAGCAUUAGAUUAUUGUAGCAGUGAAGGUCGUCCAUUGUACCAUGAUUUGAAUGCAUAUAGGGUUCUCUUUGAUGAGAAUGGUGAUCCUCGACUUUCGUGUUUUGGCUUGAUGAAGAACAGUAGGGAUGGAAAAAGCUAUAGUACCAAUCUUGCAUAUACGCCUCCUGAGUAUCUAAGAAAUGGAAGGGUCACUCCUGAAAGUGUAAUAUUCAGCUUUGGAACCGUCCUUUUGGAUCUUCUCAGUGGAAAGCACAUUCCCCCAAGUCAUGCCCUUGAUAUGAUUCGGGGAAAAAACAUUCUUCUUUUGAUGGAUUCUCAUCUAGAGGGAAACUUUUCAACUGAAGAGGCAACAGUGGUCUUUGAUCUUGCCUCACGAUGUUUGCAAUAUGAACCAAGGGAGCGGCCAAAUACGAAAGAUCUUGUGGCUACACUUGCCCCACUGCAAAAUAAAUCUGAUGUUCCAUCUUAUGUGAUGUUGGGAAUUCCCAAACAUGAGGAAGGGCCUCCUACUCCUCAGCACCCUCUGUCUCCAAUGGGUGAUGCCUGUUUGAGGAUGGAUCUGACUGCUAUCCAUCAAAUUUUGGUAAUGACACAUUACAAAGAUGAUGAAGGAACAAAUGAGCUAUCCUUUCAAGAGUGGACCCAACAAAUGAGAGAUAUGUUGGAGGCAAGAAAGCGUGGAGAUGUAGCAUUUCGUGACAAAGAUUUUAAAACUGCUAUAGAGUGUUAUUCUCAGUUCAUAGAUGUUGGAACCAUGGUUUCUCCAACUGUGUAUGCACGGAGAAGUCUAUGUCAUCUUCUGUGUGAUCAACCAGAUGCUGCACUCCGAGAUGCAAUGCAAGCACAAUGUGUCUACCCAGACUGGUCGACAGCAUUUUAUAUGCAGGCUGUUGCCCUUGCCAAGCUAGACAUGCACAAGGAUGCUGCUGAUAUGUUGAAUGAAGCUGCUGCUCUAGAAGAGAAAAAACAACGGGGUGGGAAAGGAUCUUGAGAGUUCAAGUUUGUGGCUCUGUAAUAUUCUUUUGUAAGGGUGCUGAGAUCAACUAUUAUGGUGGUGGUUGGAACCAAACAUGUGAGAUUCGUGUAUAGUGGAGAGUUGGAAUUGUGGUUUUCGUCCAAAUAUGGCAUGUUCUAUUUAUCCACGGAGGGAGGUAGGGGAGGCAAUUGUUUUUGGCACUGGAACUUUUAUUAGGCACCGAUAUCACCUCUUCUUUUUUUCCUUUGCUGUUAUCUUAAUGAAAUAAUUGAUUUUGCUUGCU